AUGGUGAUUCGUUUGGCGCUCCCGCUGCUUGCGGCCACAGGGGUCUUUGCCAACCCGAAGCGUGGCCUGGUCUUUGUUCCCAACGAGGACCACCCUGAGGACAAUCAAAUAUGGCCAGAAGAUUCGGCCAUCUCAUGGUACUACAACUACGAGUCGCGGCCCUCGCCUGCCUUCGCCGACGUUUCGCGAUCCGACUUUGCUUUUGUGCCGAUGCAAUGGGGCGUCGACGCCAACAACCCAUCCGACGAUACCUUCCUACGUGACGUGGAGGAGCAUUUAGACAGCGGGUGGAAUAUCACGCACGUGCUCGGCUUCAAUGAGCCCGACGGCACAUUUGAUAUCGGUGGCAGCGACGUUCUUCCCGAGGUAGCGGCUGAGGCGUGGGUUGUCAACUUCGAGCCCUUGGCCAAGAGAGGCGUCAAACUGGGACUGCCCGCCUGCACUGGUGGGUGGGAUGGCAUGCCAUGGUUACGCCAGUUUCUCGGAAACUGCUCCGAAAUCCUGAGUGACGGCGAGGACGGCAAGAAGAACUGCACGUGGGACUUUCUGCCGGUGCAUUGGUGGCCCGGUGUCGAGAUUUGGGUGACAGAGUAUGCGUACGCGCACAAGAGCCUCGACGAGGUGCAGGAGCACUUCAACACGACGAUUGAGUAUUUCGACGACACCGACUUUAUCGGCGGCUAUACGUACUUUGGCGCGUUUCGAAGCGAGGUGUCUAAUGUCGGCCCAGAUGUCACCUUUUUGAACAACGACGGAGAACUUACGGAUGUAGGGAGUUGGUACAUGGGCCGCAGCGCCACUGGUGUUGAGCCGCAAAGUGGGCAAGGCGAGUCUGCCAUGAUCAACUGGGUUAUUGUUCUGGGAUCCAUGGGCAUGGUCACUGCGCUGCUCUUGUAG